AUGAACCUCAUCGGCGGCUACCAGCAUCACCACCACCUGAUGCACGAGCCCUUCCCGUUCGUGCAGCGCUGCCCCCCGGACGCGCCCUACUUCCAGAGCUGGGUGGUGAACCACGGGGAGGGGCCCCCGGACUUCCACCUCCAGCCGCCCUACCCGCCGCCGGAGCUGGGGGGGCCGCCCGGCGCGCCGCACGACGCCCGCCUGGAGGGCCUCCAGCCCGGGGUGGGCAAGAGGAGAGCGUCGGGCCCCAAGAAGGAGCGCCGGAGGACGGAGAGCAUCAACACGGCCUUCGCCGAGCUCAGGGAGUGCAUCCCCAACGUGCCCGCGGACACCAAGCUGUCCAAAAUCAAGACUUUGCGCCUGGCCACCAGUUACAUCGCCUACCUGAUGGACGUCCUGGCCAAAGACGCCGGGGAGACGGAGGGCUUUAAGGCAGAAAUUAAGAAAUUUGAAAACAGGGAUUUGAAAAGAAAACGGGAGCUGAGCGAGGGCCUGCAGGAGUCUUUAGGAGCCGAGAAGAAAGUCAAGGGUCGGACCGGGUGGCCGCAGCAGGUCUGGGCUCUGGAGCUCAACCAGUGACCCCCAAACCCCCC